AAUUACAAAGAAACAAAAGAUCUUGAAGUAUUUAUGUAUGAACCAAUGGAUCUUGAAGCUCCUAUUUUAACUGGAAGACAAGCUCAUGUUAUAAUAAAAACAUUAAAACAAACAAAGCCUAUUUCAACCCAUUCAAUUCCAAUUCAUCUUAGAUAUCAUAAAGCUAGAAUUAAUGAUAUGUUUGAAAAAAACGUUAUCUUCCCACCUCCUGAAGUUUUCUUUAUUUGUGAUAAUUGUACUGAUAGUAGAAGUAUUGAACUAUUAAAAUAUCAUAAAAUUAAUGGUUAUUUUAAUACACCUAUCUCUUGUGGAACAAGUGACCCUUCUCAAUUUAUUUCACCAACUUGUAUUCCUCAAUUCUCUCAAUACACAGUACCUGUAGGACAACUUGAUGCAUUUGAAUCAGUAAUGAAAAUCACUCUUGGAACUACUUUAAUCGGUGCAAUUAUAAUUAUUGCAUUCGUUAUCAUUUUUUAA